AUGGAUAACCAUACGCCGGUGGUGGGAACCGUUAUUAGCGUGAUUGUGUCUCUGGUUUCCAUAACAAUCAUCUCCUCGUUCCUCACCCAGAAAUAUGCUGCCGUCAAGUCAUGGCGAAUGCUGCCAUGUGCGAUGUGGCUCGUGGUAGCCGUAUACGUCGACUCAUUCCUCUUCGUCUUUGUGACAGCCCUACUGAAGUAUGGACUGGGCGUCAAUUCGGCGUACGCCGUGUGUGACGCAGCUAUACUGCUGUGUCUCGUCUGCUAUGUCAGCACCAAAUAUGUCGAAGACAACUUGAGACUGAGGCUUGUGAAGAAUGUGAAAGCUGACGGAGAGCAGUUUAUCAUCCGAGGCGGAAUGAAGCCGAGAAUGAGAUCUAAAAUGUGGAUCUUCAAUGCUUUUGGCAUGCUGGGACUAUACAGCAUCGUCAUAAUUCUCAAUUUCGUCUUUCGCAUCGCCCACCUCAACGAGGAUGGCAUGUGUGUCAUUGGAAUGGAGCGCCCGGCGUUGUUACCGCUCAUCAUUUUUGAUUUGGUCGUUAAUGUCUAUCUUACCACAUUGUUUUUGAUACCCCUUUCAAUACUCUUCUCCGCAAUUAUGGUCCACUGGGUGACUUAUCACGACCAUGUCGGAAGCCGUAAAGGCAGAUCACCAGCGACAUCAAACAACGAACGCUCUCGCCACAACGGGAGAGUCAGCCAUCAUGACAGCGUAGGCGCUGUCUCAUCAACUGACGGCGGGACUUUUGCUCUGCGCAAUUCUGUCCCAGUACCAUAUCCGGAUCCAAACCAAUUCCCGUAUCAGUACCGGAUGUACCCUCGGUACAACCCGAAAGGCAUGGUGGAGGAUAUCGACAUUGCCGACCUGCGGUACGACCACCACCGGGAGCUGUUCGACAUCGAGAGGGGGCCGAGGCGAGAUCCGUUGGACUCUUCCGCUGCACGAUGUGCGGACUGCAACAAGGCCGAUUCGGUUGCUGAAUCCGGCGUGAGCUUGGUUGGCUGCACGGAGACCAUCAGUGGCAGCAGUAAGGAGACGGCAAACGCAGAUGAGAGCCCGCAGAGCGGAGAAGGAUCGUCUAGUUCUAUGGACGAGAACAGGAUGCCAUGA